UUCACUUCUCCUCAGGAAGGUCAAAAGAAAGAAAUCUACUUCUACUUGGGAAGUUAAAAGAAAAGAAAUUCACUUUUACUUGGGAAGGUCAAAGGAAAGAAAUUCACUUUUAUUCAGGAAGCUUGAAGAAAAGAAAUUCACUGUUGCUUGGGAAGCUAAAGGAAAAGAAAUUCACUGUUCUGCCUCCAUGCUUAACUAAAUGAACUGGAAGGAACCAUAGCACGAAGGACAGAUUGGAGACUGUAUUUGGUGAAACAAAAUAUUUUAUUAAUAGACAGAAUUGAUCUCUUUUCCUCUUGUUGCCACUAUGAAGUCUCUUGUGAGGAAAGAAAUCUUUAAGUCUAUGCAGUUCUGGCUAGAUAUUGCCACAGAGUAUAAAGUCUUGUUAUGACUGGAUUCUUUGUAUCUUUAAGAUGACUUCAAUGCAAUGUUGACAUGGCUUUCUCUAUUGCUGUAGUCUAUGGUUUUUUUAAUCUAAUUUGAAUACAGUUCCAACGUGACGUGCAUUUCUGUGAUCCUUUUUGCUUCCUACACUUCCUUCAGUGCCUCACCAACUGACAAAAUCUAACUGACCAAAAAUAACUGCCAUUUCAGGCUGGCAGGAGCCAAGGCUAAGCUCCGCCCUUUUAGAAUCUUAAAGAGACUGGGUAGCUGGUGAUAUUCUGCCUCCUCGUGGCAUAACAGAUACUGUGUCCCCCUCUAUUCCUGAUUAUUUCCUCUUUUUUCCUACUAUCAUUCAUUGAUGUUACAUUUCCAUUUCUUACUCUCAGUCAUGCCAUCUUUGGCUUUACCCUUGUUCAUUUUAACUUACAUUUAAUGAUUAGUUAAUCAUUUGUCUAGUACCUAAAUGCAACAAAACAAAGAAAGGUUGCAUAAUCAUUUAAAUUUCAAUACAAAUAAAGCAAUAUGUGUUUGAAACUGUGUUUGAAUAAGGUUCUGUUUCUGUGUUUUGUGGCUCUCAGAUCCAUCUUGCCAGUCAGCUGUUAUUCACAGAAGUCUUGGUCCCAACAUGCAUUUCUUGAUUGUCUUUAUCAUCUUCAGUAUUUUUCUACAAUAUCAAGCACAGGCUAUAUUAAUUCGGUUGCAGAUUUCAUAUUCUGAAAGAGAUGCUUUGUGACUAAUGAUUUAAUUCUCUUUAUAGGUUCUUUAGUCAAAAUUAUCAGCACAUCCUGGCUUUGACAUUUGCUGUGCAGGAGAUCAAGGCAAAUCCCCACAUCUUACCUAAUAUCACCCUGGGCAUCCAUGUCUUCAACAACUAUUUCAUGGCAAGGUGGAUUUAUCUAGCUUCGAUGGAACUUCUUUCCACCCAUGGCAGAUUCAUCCCAAAUUACAAGUGUGAUGACAAGGACAACACCAUUUCUGUUAUCGUGGGUCCUAACCCCCAGUUCUGUCAGUACGUGGCAAGCAUUUUGAACCUUUACAAGGUCCCACAGAUCAUAUAUGGAUCUGCUCUUGUGAUGAAUAAUAAUGCCCAAGCUGCUUCACUCCACCAGAUGUUCCCCAAUGAGUACCAUCAGAAUGAGGGCAUUCUCCAUUUACUCUUGAAUUUUAAGUGGACUUGGGUUGGAGUGGUUUAUAUAGGUAAAUACAGUGGUGAAAAAUUUGUACAUGACAUACUUCCCAUGUUCCAUCAGAAAGGUAUCUGCUUUGAUUUUAUAAAAGAAUUACCUCGAGAGUCUUUCUCCACUAACAUUGAGAAUCUCGUGUUGAAGUAUUAUGAAAUACAUGGGAUUAUUGCAAGAAGCACUGCCAACGUUGUCAUCUUAUAUUGUGAGAAUGAAUGCAUAGUGGUUUGAGAAUGGUCUUCCAUGGUGCAGAAUUUGAUGAGGUGCCAUCCAUGAAACUAACACAUUGUUGGGAAACAGAAAAAUAAUCUCCCCUUCCUGCUGCUUCUAGAUCUGGGCACAAUGUGCUGAAAACCAUCAGCACAUUGUGUGAUGGAUUGUGUGCAGCUUGAGAAUAUGGUCAGACAGGACCCAUGAUGCCCACUACUGUAUGUUCAAUUUUGUGCAAAUGCAGUGGGCCACAAGAUGUUUUGGGCAUUCUGACUUUCCAUUUCUUACUUGAGAAGAACAUAUAAGUAUUUACUUGCAAGUAGAAAGGAUGAUUUAACAAUUAAACAGUUUUUAAUAACGCAAAUAUUCCCUGUAAAAUGUUAAAGUUGGAUUCAAGUAUCUCAUGUCUCGAUUGAGGUCAGUGUAUUGAAGGCACCUGGUCUGGAAUAACCCUAAAGAUUUGUUUCAGCAUAAAGUCAAUAGCAGUCCUAACUACAAUGAAAUAACUGAAACAACAAGAACUUCCUUAGUAAACAACAGUGUUAUUUACUCUUGUUGGGACUAGCAAUUCUUUCCUUCAAGAGAUGAGCCCAGAGAACUCCCAAAUGAAUCCCAUGGAAAUGAAUGAUACAAAGAUUAACAAUUACAAACAUAAUUCUCAGCUAUUUUAGAGAGACAAUUCUAAGUAUUACUUCGUAUGGAUUCAAUGCCAUAUGCUUUCUUUUGAAAUAACAUGGAGAAUUAAUAACAAUGCAUCUUUACCUGCCCUGCAAUUAUCAAAAUAACCAUGAUUGAUUCUGCGCAUUCUCAAAUCCCUGAGGAAGUCUAACAAACAUGGCAAAAGAAUGGCAAAGAAUGCUAUUAAUAGUCUCCAUGUUGUUAAGAGCUGGGUUAGAGAUUAGCAGACAUCCCUUAGUCUGAUCCUGUACAUGAAUGCAUAGCGUACUUGCCAGGCUGUCAUUACCUGUAACAUUUUAAUAGCCAUGUUGGAAGCGUGCAUUCAUGUCUAGUGCAUUUUAGUACAAGAUGGUACCAUUCAUAGCCCUGGUGUUAGUGGCACUGUCUAAACCGGUGAGCCUUACUUCUGUUGCUAAAUGUGUCAUUGGUAGGCCACUUCCCAUUAAGUACAAGUAUUAUCAUUCUGGAGAUCUCCUCGUUGGUGGGAUUAUUUCUCAGCUCUACAUGUUCUCCGACCUGAUAACAUUCAAAAGACAUCCCUCUGAAGAACUGGUUGAUGAUAUCGUCUAUUUCAUGGCAAGCUGGACCUAUCUUGCAUCAAUGGAGCUUCUCUCUACACAUGGUAGAUUCAUCCCUAACUACAAGUGUGACUACCAGGACAAGGCAGUAUCUGUCAUUGCAGGACCUAGCUCUCAUAUUUGUCAGUUUAUGGCAACAAUUAUUUCCAUUUACAAGAUUCCACAGUUUAUAUAUGGUUCUUCUCCAGUGUUGAACGACAACAUGCAAGCGGCUUUUUUUCAACACAUGUUUCCAAAUGAGGACAAGCAAACUAUGGGCAUUCUCCAGUUGCUCUUACAUUUCAGCUGGACCUGGAUUGGUCUAUUUUAUCUAAGUAAUGAGAGCGGAGAGAGUUUUAUACAGAGCAUAGUACCCAUGUUUACUCAUGAAGGUAUCUGUUUUGAUUUCAUAGAGGCACUGCCCAAAGAAAAGUUUUCCACGAAUGCUGAUGAAAUGCUAACUGAGUGGUUUCAAACAUAUAAUAUUAUAACGGAGAGCACUGCUAAUGUUAUCCUCUUACAUGGACAAAAUCAGAUCAUGGUAUUUUUAAGAGCACUUCCUUUGCUUUCAGAAUUUUACGACAUUUCAGUAUUGAGAAAUGGGACAAUCUGGAUUUUGACAGCCGAGAUGGAAUUUGCAUCCCUUCCCUUUCAAAGAAUUUGGAACAUAGACUUCCUCCAUGGUGCAAUAUCUUUUGCAGUUCCCUCAAAGGAGGUGUCAGGAUUCCGGGAAUUUAUCCAGACAAGAAAUCCUCUUUCUGAAAAAGGAGAUGGCUUCAUUAGGAUCUUUUGGGAACUGGUAUUUGAAUGUUCUUUCCCUAAAACUGUAUUAAAUCAGGAAGAUGGUAAGACCUGCAGUGGGGAGGAGAGACUGGAAACCCUUCCUGGGUCUGUUUUUGAAAUGAGCAUGACAGGCCAGAGCUACAGUGUCUACAAUGCUGUCUAUGCCGUGGCACAUGCGUUGCAAGCCAUGGUUUCAUCCAAACUGAAACACAGAGGAAUGGCAGAUGGAGGGAAAAGAGUGCUUCUGGAUUUACAAUCAUGGCAGCUCCACCACUUCCUAAGAAGUGUCUCAUUUAACAACAGUGCUAGUGAAAAGAUAUCCUUUGAUCAGAAUGGACAAAUAGAAGCUAAUUUUGACAUUAUCAGCUGGGUCACAUUCCCGAACCAGUCAUUUCUUCAAGUCAAAGUUGGCAAAGUAGACCCCAAGGCUCCCCGAGAUACGAUGCUAAGCAUUUCUGCAGGUGACAUCACCUGGCCCAACAUGGUUAAUCAGGAAUGGCCUCUUUCUUUGUGUAGUGACAAUUGCCAUGCAGGUUACAGUAAGAUAAAAGUGGAAGGGAAGUCAUUUUGCUGCUAUGAUUGUCUUCCAUGCCCAGAAGGGAAGAUUUCAAACCAGACUGACAUGGAUGACUGCAUACCAUGUCCAGAGGAUCAGCAUCCCAGCCAUGGUCAGGACUCAUGCAUUCCUAAAGCCAUAAGCUUCUUAUCUUUUGAAGAACCUUUGGGGAUUAGUUUGGCCACCAUUGCAGCCUCCUUCUCUUUCAUCACUGCUUUGGUGCUUGGGAUCUUCAUUAAGCACAGAACUACUCCCAUCGUCAGAGCCAACAACUCAAACCUGACUUUUACUCUGCUUACUAGUCUCCUCCUUUCAUUCCUUUGCGCUUUUCUGUUCAUUGGCCAACCCAGCAAGAUAUCAUGUCUUUUUCAACAAGUUGCUUUUGCCUUAAUGUUUUCUUUGGCAGUUGCGUGUAUACUGUCCAAAACAACCAUUGUUAUUCUAGCUUUCAUGGCGACUAAGCCAGAAUCUCGGACAAGGAAAUGGAUGGGAAAACAAUUUUCCACCUCCAUUGUUCUUUCUUGCGUCCUCGUCCAAGCUGCCAUUUGCAUUCUAUGGCUGGCCACCUCUCCCCCAUUCCCAGAUUUUAACACACAAUCCAUGCCUGAAGAAAUUGUGCUAGAAUGCAAUGAAGGCUCAUCUGUGAUGUUCUACAGUGUCCUGGGCUUUAUGGGCUCGCUAGCCCUCAUCAGCUUCACUGUGGCUUUCUUAGCCAGAAAGUUGCCCGACAGCUAUAAUGAAGCCAAAUUCAUCACCUUCAGCAUGUUGGUUUUUUGCAGUGUUUGGUUGUCUUUUGUUCCAACGUAUUUAAGCAUCAAGGGGAAAUACAUGGUUGCUGUGGAGAUCUUCUCCAUCUUAGCUUCUGGAGGAAGUCUACUAUUCUGCAUCUUUUCCCCUAAAUGCUUUAUUAUUAUCUUAAGGCCAGAGCUGAACAAGAGGGGGCAGUUGAUGAGACGAAGAAAUUAACAAAUACAACACCAUAUAGCCCUCUUUCACAUAGGUUUCAAAUAUGUCCCACUGUAACCAAUGUGAUUUUACUCAGUGAUGACCAAUUCCUUGGAAAUAUUUGAUGUAACUGAAAGAAUAAAUACGUGAAUCAAUAAAAUGUCAUCUUAAGCUGUCUGAUACUAAUUGCAAAGCUUAGUGUUUCCUUGGUCUGUAUCAGACUUUGAUCAUAUUUUCCUACAAUUUUGUGUAUGUUUCUGCAUUUUAAAAUGAUUUGUGCUAUGCAAUGUGCAUGUGUUUUCAGUUACAUAUGGCAGUGCCAUACAAAAAUAAAAUGACUGUGUUAUCAACA